AUUUCACAAAGCCAAUAUCGAUCUAAAGUCACUUUAAAACCAUCCUUCCCAUCCCAUCAUCAUCAUCAUCAUGGCACAGGCGUUGCCACAGUAUGUGAUGCUGAAGAACAGAGACAACCUGCAAUUCCUGCGUUACACAGACGAAGACAUACAACAACAUGGUUUCCUCCAGUACACGGGGGAGACAGUGAUGAGCCCUCACGUCAGGUUCGAAGUCCAACAAUCCAGGAGCGGGGGAGGUUUGGUCCAUCUCAGGUGCGCCUACAACAACAAGUACUGGGUGCGAAGCUCUGAAACCGAGCUGUGGUUCGCCGCCGCGGCCGAUGCCUCUGAAGAGGAUCAAUCCAAGUGGUCAUGCACGCUCUUCAGGCCCGUCAUCGCCGGCGCCGUGAACAACGACCACGGCAGCCAGAACCUCCUCCUCCGCUUCCUCCACGUCCAGCUCAACCGGUACGUCAGCCUGAGCCAAUCCCCCGCGCCCAUGGCCAACUUCGCCGUGGCCGGAUCGUCUCCGUCCGACCCCACCAACUGGAGGGACAUGUGCGAGGUCCUCGAUUGUGAAUCCCUCCUCGUGCUGCCCUGGCACGUGGCGUUCAAGGGCGACAACGAGAGGUUUCUCCGCGCUCGCGUGAUCGAGAGGUUCAACUACCACGAGUUCGCGGGCACCACCAUCAGCGAGGCCCAGGCGGGGAACGAGGUGUUCCAGAGCCCGGACGGGAGCAUCCGCAUCCGGUCGAACCACUACGGCCGGUUCUGGAGGCGCAGCCCCAACUGGAUCUGGGGCGACUCCACGGACACCACGUCCAACAACCGAGACACCGUGUUCUGGCCCGUGAGGGCGCGCGGCCCCAACGUGGUCGCGCUGCGCAACGCGGGGAACGACCGGUUCUGCAGGCGCCUCACGACCGAAGGCAAAACUAACUGCCUCAACGCCGCGGACGAAACCCUAACGGCGUUGGGGAUGCUGGAGGUGGGGGAAUGGGUAAGGAAGAGGAGCAUCUCCGACGUCCAGUUCAACCUCCUGGACGCUCGCAUCUACAACCAGACCCCCCGAACCCUGGCCCGAACCGUCGUGAACAACGACUCCUCCCAAACCAACACGCCCGUUAUUAGGUUCCGGUACCGGAACACGAUAAGCCGGCACUGGCAGAGCACCGUGUCCUUUAGCUACGGGCUCUCCUCAAAGGUAUCAGCCGGCAUCCCGCUGUUCACGAACGCGUCACUUACGGUUCAGUGGGAGGCCUCGUCUGAAUACGCCUGGGGCCAAACCGUCGAGACCUCCGAAGAGCAGGAACAGGAAUACCCGGUCACGGUGGGUCCCUAUACCAGGGCGACCAUCACUUUUCAGGCAACGGAAGGGUUUUGCGACGUCCCUUUCUCCUACACUCAGACGGACGAACUCUUCGAUGACAGGAUCGUUACUACCCGAAUGCACGACGGACUCUACACCGGCGCUAAUCUCUACGAAUACACAUGGACAAACACUGAGGAGAGUCUCACCCCCGAUCAGAUCAAGCUCGCCCAAGAAGAGGAGAGGGUGGGGAAGAAGAACAUGAAGAACGAUGUCGAGCUCAAGGUGGAGCUAGGGGAGGCCGAGAUCGUCAAACGCAAGGAGGAGGAAGAGGACAUGAUCGAGAAGCUCCACGACGACGACAAAAAAGAAGAAUGAUCGGAUUCAACUUCAUGGCCUGCCGGCGGGGGAAGGAGGGAGAGACGGAGCUUAAUAAACGAUUGAUCACUCACUCUCAAUCAUUAGUAGUAACACUAAAUAAUAGCAUCUCAUCCCAGCCUACGUGGUCCCAAACGUUCUCCUACCCUCCAUUUGUUUUUGUUUUGUUUUUUCGUUUUUAAGUUGUGUUUUGUACGUUUUCCCGGAAUGAUUAUAUUGAUGUAUUAUGGUUAAUAUAUUUGCCAUAUUAUAUAUGUGUGAAUGCAUUUAAAGAUUUACGGUUUUCGUAGUGUUUUGAAUUAUUAAAAAAAAUCACUAGUACUGGAGACUGCGCUUCAUGAAAGACAACUCAUGCGAUCGUCUAAAUUAAACAGGCGUAAACACAAGUACAAUCGAGAGCUAGCCUGGAUUUGUUUAUCCUUUUCGGGUAUAAUUAAUUUUGAGAUUUGGCUCAGUACGAAUAAAUUUGAUAGGUAAUACUAUUGUUUGAGAACCUCUUAAUUAUAUCUUGAUAGUUGAUUAUGUGGGGAAAUGAAAAAGACGUCCAAACUUUUAAGCGUAAUCUACAAAUCACACACUAUGGUUCGAAAAUGAGUUCAUUUGUAAAGUCAUGAAUGAGCAUUGAGUCAUAUAUAUGCUCCAGCAUGCCCAUCAUUAAGCAUAUACCAAUACCAACAAUAUCAUUCACACGCCUACCCAAUUGCAAUGGCAACGCUAGCUAAAGAGAAAUGCUCCAGCCACCACCUAUCGCCCUCAAACCCCUAACAUUGAUAAAAAUCACUUCACGGUAGGGGUGGCUAUUUGGACCGGGAUGAGAUUAAAAAUCGGAAACCGGACCGUAUAACCCGGACCGAGACCGGACCGGGACCGGAUAGUAAACAAUCCAAUCCAAUCUUUGGGCUUAGAUUUGAGGUAAAAAACCGGAUAAAGACCGGAUAAGAGAGUUCAACACCCAAAACUUAAGGGUAAUUUGCAUAAACGGUCACAAACCUUUGCACUUAGUACAAAACUUAACCAACUCCUCACCCUUUACGGCCUUAGGCCACUCAAAUCCCACAAUCUCAAUGUAAAAUCAAGACCGAAUUGGGACCGGACCGGAUCAAAACCGGACCGGAUCAAGACCGGACUGUAUCCAAUCCAAUCUUCGGUCCUUAUAUUUUCAAAAAGACCAGACUGGACCGGAUCAAUUUGGGCCAAUUUAACCGGACCGGACCGUAUAGCCACCCCUACUUCGCGGGUUCGCAGUCGGAGAGCGAAAUCUUUGAGUUGCGCACAUAGGUUGUAUUUACAAUACUGGAUGAACCUUUUUUUUUAUUGCCUCAGUUUGUCAUCAAAGAAGUGUAACUCAUUUGUACUAAUAUUUUUGGUAAGUGGAUGAAUCGCGCACCAGAACUAAGGGCUGUUAUUUUACACUCGGAGAAGCUCGGCGAGAAUGCCCUUCUGAGGCGCACAAGAUGAGUUUCAUGUAGCCUAUCACUAGAUUGUAAUAACAAAUAAUAUUUGUAAUAACAGUUUCUUGUAGCCUAUCACUAGAUUGUAGACCAAUUGGCAAAUAGCUGAGCUAACUGAGGCUGCUCAGUUCUUGCUUUGUUGGAGGUCAGCAGUUCGGCCCUUAUACAUAUCCAAUCUUGGUGGGAGGUAAACAACCCACACAUCUGCCUUAUUAAUUUUCGCACAAAAAAUAGCCGUCUCUCCAGCCCCUCUAAAAACACAACAAAAAAUAGCAGAAACACGAGCAAUAGAGUGUUCAAAUAGUU